AUGGAGAAGGAUUCACAAGUCCUUGUUCCUAUAAAGGCGAUCCACUUCGCCACAUACCACCUCAAAGAACCUCUUGGACGAACAAGAGAUCCGACCUGGAGACGUCUAGCCAAGCCGCAUCACAGAGAAGAACACCUUCUAGCCACACCAGAAGAGGAGAUUAACCCUGAGCUGAUCGAGUUCGUGAAGAGAGAUCAAUUCCAUGAUCUGUUUUCAGAGUAUGCGCUGGAGCACAUAGAUCACUUUGACAAUCUUUGUGAUUCCUAUGGAGUUUUUGACUUUGAGAAGAAGAUGAUGCUAUUCAGCACAUCACUAGCUGGACCAGCACUAGAUUGGGCGCAGCAUGAGCCACUCUCUACAAUCGAGUCAUGGAUCGAUUUUAGAGAAGCUUUCUUGAAGAGAUUUGCAAGGCUACCACCUUUCAAAUCCAAGUACAAUCACUACUCUCAUCAGCUGGAGAGAGAGCGUGAUGAAGAAGAAUGGGGAGGCAUACCACCCCAUCUGAAUGAAGAGCUAAUCAAGCAUGUGGAGAGGAAUCCUUUCUACAAUUCUACUUCAGAGUGUGCAAAGGAGCAUCUAUGCAACUUUGAGCAGCUUUGCCACGACUAUGGACUUGGAGAUAACCCCAAGAAGAUACAACUUUUCCAACUAUCUAGCUGGACAAGCCAAAGAAUGGGCUAA